AUGUCAAUACCACCACAAACACCCAUUAUCGUUGGCGUCGGCGAUGUGAUAAAUCGUUCGCUGCAGGUUGAAGAUGCGAUUGAACCAUUGGGACUUAUGCUGCAAUCUCUCUCGAAAUCAUUUUCGGAUACCGGGAUUUCCCAUGAUCGGGAGAGAUUGGGAAUAUUACGAGAAAGUGUGGAUGAUGUGAGAGUGGUAAGGAAUUGGACAUGGCCGUAUGUGGAUGUGUGUCAGAGUGUGUUGGAUGGGAUUCUGGGGGAAGGAAAGAGGGGGAGUGAUAAUUUGGGAAAGGAAGUGUAUAAAGAGGAAUCGGAACAUGGCGGGAAUUCGCCGGUGAAGAUGUUGGAUGAAGCGUGUCAGAGGGUGGGAAGGGGAGAGUCGAAAGUAGCGGUUGUGGUUGGGGGAGAGGCGUUGGGAAGUUUGAUUUCAUCCGCAUCAAAGAUCGGUACAUAUCCUUCGCACUGGACGCCGCCAGCCGGUGACCCAAGAAAGAUUUUGGCUUUACCGAAAGGAGUUGAGACACUGGGAACAAUCCAUCAAAUCGGUCUCCCAAUACACAUUUACCCCCUGUACGAAAAUGCAUUUCGAGCCCAUCGUCAUCAAUCUCAAGCAGACAAUAAUGCCGAAUCUGCAAAGUUAUAUGCCCAAUUUGCUGCUGUCGCGGCUGGGAAUGAGUUUGCUUGGAAUAGGGAGUCGGCGGGAAAGUUAAGCGAAGAGAGUAUUGGAAAGGUAGGAAAGGGGAAUAGAAUGAUUUGUUGGCCAUAUCCCCUCCUAAUGAAUGCAUUCAACAAUGUCAACAUGGCCGCAAGUUGCAUCAUUACUUCUGUUUCAUUUGCCACCGAGCUGGGUAUUCCGGAAGGUAAAUGGAUAUAUCCAUUAGGUGGUGCCGGGAUGCGCGAGAAGGAUAAUUUUUGGGAAAGACCAAAUUUCUAUUCCAGUGAAGCUUUAGAAACAGCACUUGAUUCGGCAUUGGAUGUUUCGGGUUUGGAGACGAAGGAUAUAGAUGUUUUUGAUUUUUACUCAUGUUUUCCAAUAGUCCCGAAACUGGCUGCUCAUCACUUGAAGAUUCCUUUUUUGGAUCCUCCAAGACCAAUUACUUUGUUGGGGGGCUUGACAUCAUUCGGUGGUGCAGGGAAUAAUUACAGUCUACAUGCUAUCACUGAAAUGACACGGCAACUUCGUGUCAAACGGGGUCAAUUAUCUAAUCACAAGAACGCCGGAGUUUCAAACGGUCUCAUCUUGGCAAAUGGAGGAGUAUUGACAUAUCAGCACGUUGUAUGUCUAUCCACACAGCCAAGAAUUGACGGAAAUAAAUAUCAGGAUGGAAAUCCUUGCCCAAACAUCGUACAGAGUGUUACUAGUGAUAACGGAAAUAGCUUGGAGAUUGUUGGUCCUGAAGGGGUCGAGAAAGGAGCAUGGGAAGGCAUAAUUGAGACAUAUACAGUACAAUUUUCAAGGAAUAAUGAGCCUCAAACUGGAUUUGUAGUCGGAAGAUUGAAGCAGACAGGAAAGAGAUUUCUAGCAAAUGUUGCAGAUGACAAAACAUUGGGCAAAUUGAUUAAGGAAAGUGAAGAGGAGAUUGUUGGGAAAGGGGGCUGGGUAUGGAAGGAAGAAGACGGCAAGCGAAAUUUAUUUGGGUUUGAGAGGGGGGCUAAUCUGUGA